GAGANGCCACGCAAGAGAUCUACCGCCGGAUCGAGCGCGAGAAGAAGCUGAUCCAGGCGGCCACGCAGAUGCGACAGGCCACAGGCAAUGCCCAGGUCGUGUCAAAGGCGGAUUCGGAGAUCAGAGAGGCCAGGCGAAACAUUCAAUACUUUGAGCAGAAGCUUAAUGAUUUGCGCGAUCGUAACAUUGGGUCGAGCAUGAGCAAUCUUUCAGUCUCAGGAAAUGGCGGUUCACAGGGUCCUUCUCAUGGCCGCGGAGACUCAACAGGCUCAGGAUACAGGAACGAGCAAGGCUACGGCGGAGGUGCAGACUAUGGCGACCCAGGCCCGGGUGGAUACAGCAUGGGCGGAGCCCCCGGACUCAUGCCCCCGCGAGCGCCUUAUGCCCCGCCUGGACCCGGCGAGAGGACUCCGCGAGCACGCCCUAACUACAGCAAGCUUGAUCUCAUCAAAUACGAAACACCCCACCUAGGUCCCCGCAUACAGCUCAUGUUGUCCCAGCUCGAAUUCAAACUUUCCGUGGAGAAGCAAUAUAAGGAUGGUAUCGAGAAGAUGGUCAAGCUCUAUCAAAUGGAAGGCGAUCGUAAGAGCAGGGGUGAGGCAGAGCUUCGAAGAAUGGAGAGCAACCAAAAGAUUCAGUUGUUGACGAGAGCACUACGAAGAUAUGAGGACCUGCAUGUGGAUGUCGAGAAUGGCGCCGAUGCUGCCGACGACGAUAGCUUAGACACUCCCAGCCAGCGGAAACCUCUCACCGGCCACAUGUCUGUCAGGAUUCAUGCCAUCGACAAUGUGGACCACGCCGCAUCUGGACGAUUUAGUAGAGGCCCGGAUACCUUUGUCGUCAUGAAGGUGGAAGACGUGCUCAAGGGCAGAACGAAAGCUACCAAGACCGAUCGAUGGACCGACGAGAAUCACGAAUUCGACGUAGACAAGGCCAACGAGAUCGAAUUUACCGUGUACGACAAAUCAAGUGGUGACCAUCCCAUACCCAUUGGCCUUCUCUGGAUCCGCUUGUCUGAUCUUGUCGAUGAGAUCCGAAGGAAAAGGAUUGAGACAGAGUUCAACCAGGCAGGCUGGAAGACUGCUGACCAGAUGGACGGCUCGCUGGCAAGACCUGACAUGCAGUUCUCGCCACCGCCGAACUCAUCACAUGGGACGAACGCGCCUGGUGGCGGAUCGAUUGCUGCUGCGGCUGGCGGUCCAGCGGGUUCUGGACUUGCACCUCAGACUGGACCGGUCUACAUUGAUGCCUGGUUCACACUCGAGCCCGUCGGCAAGAUUCACUUGACCCUCAGCUUCAUCAAGCAGGUCAAGGACCGCCGUCCAUUCGAUGUUGGUCUCAAUCGUAAGGGCGCUGUCCGUCAAAAGAAGGAAGACAUCGUGGAGCAAUACGGCCACAAGUUCAUUGUGCAGACAUUCUAUAACAUCAUGCGAUGCGCGCUAUGCGGCGACUUUUUGAAGUAUACCGCCGGCAUGCAAUGCGCUGACUGCAAGUACACAUGUCACCAGAAGUGCUACCAGAAAGUGGUCACCAAGUGUAUCAGCAAGUCCAACGCCGAAACUGAUCCGGAUGAGGAGAAGAUCAAUCACCGCAUUCCACAUCGCUUCGAUGCCUUCUCGAACAUGGGUGCCAACUGGUGCUGCCAUUGCGGAUAUAUGCUACCUAUAGGAAGGCGGCAGGCGAGAAGGUGCACUGAGUGCAAGCUGACGAGUCACGCGAAUUGCGUACACUUUGUGCCAGACUUCUGCGGCAUGAGCAUGGAAAGCGCCAAUCAGAUCCUGGCUGAAUUGAAGAAGACGAAGAACAGCCGUAUGCUCGCCAAUAGCACAAAGCUGAGACCUCCCGGCGUACAAACAAGCGGUAGGCCCACGCCGCCGCCACAAUCUUCAAGCUAUGCGCUUGCGCCUGGACACCAAGACCAAGUUUCACAGAAAGAGCAAGACAGGCUACAAGACAGGUUCUCGUACGGCAAAGACCGCAUGUCCGACUCCUAUGAGCAGCCACCCAGGACUUCCUCCUUCGGACCGCCUCCUGGUGCUGCGGACGCUGGAAAAGCUGCGAUGGGCGGUGGCCAGACACCUUCCUCUCCAGAAUCCGGCCACCGUCCUCCUGCUCAUCGCACACAGUCUUCGCAAUCUUCUGCCGCCGCAGCCGCUGCAGCAGCUUCCGUUGCCUUGGCUGGCAAGCGAACUUCCGGCAACGACCGUCCACCGUACGACCGAGGGACGACGGAUCCAUAUACUCAACAGCAACGGGGAUCAGGUGGGUAUGCCGAUGGCUACGCAGAGAGCAAGCGUAUUGCGCCUCAGCCUGGGCAGCAGCAGUCCACAUACAAUCCUGCUGACUAUGCUGCUGUCGCUGGGUACUCUUCCGGACCUCCUUAUCAGCAAACGGUAUCGCCGCCGCCUCAGCCACCUGCCAAGAAUUAUCCUCCGCAACCAAUAUCGCAGGGCCCGCCACCCGCGACUGCACAAGGACGACCGCAAUCGCCGGCUGCAGUGCCCGCUCCGAACGUCUCAAUUACCGAGCCCGUGGUCGAACAGCGCAAGCCAGCUCCUCCUGCCAACACUGCAGGUACUGGACGUCGUAUCGGUCUCGAUCACUUCAACUUCCUCGCUGUUUUGGGCAAGGGUAACUUUGGAAAGGUGAUGCUCGCGGAGACGAAGACGACGAAACAGCUUUAUGCCAUCAAAGUUCUAAAGAAGGAGUUCAUCAUCGAAAAUGACGAAGUGGAAAGCACCCGCUCGGAAAAGCGCGUGUUCCUGAUUGCGAACAAGGAACGCCACCCGUUCUUGUUGAAUCUGCACGCUUGUUUCCAAACGGAGACUCGCAUCUACUUCGUCAUGGAAUACAUUAGUGGAGGAGAUUUGAUGCUGCACAUCCAACGUGGACAAUUUGGCACGAAAAGAGCACAAUUCUAUGCUGCAGAGGUUUGCCUGGCGCUGAAGUAUUUCCACGAGAACGGCGUCAUUUACCGUGAUCUGAAGCUGGACAACAUUCUGCUUACUCUUGAUGGGCACAUCAAGAUUGCAGAUUACGGUCUGUGCAAGGAAGACAUGUGGUAUGGCUCAACGACAAGCACAUUCUGCGGUACCCCGGAAUUCAUGGCGCCUGAGAUCCUGUUGGACAAGAAGUACGGACGUGCUGUGGAUUGGUGGGCAUUUGGUGUCCUCAUCUAUCAAAUGCUCCUCCAGCAAUCGCCGUUCCGCGGUGAGGACGAGGACGAAAUCUACGACGCAAUUCUGGCCGAUGAACCGCUCUAUCCAAUUCACAUGCCAAGAGACAGUGUCUCGAUACUUCAAAAGCUCUUGACACGAGAGCCGGAACUGCGACUUGGCUCUGGACCUACCGAUGCCCAGGAGAUCAUGUCCCAUGCCUUCUUUAGGAACGUUAAUUGGGAAGAUGUCUACUACAAGCGGGUUCCUGCACCUUUCCUCCCGACUGUGAAGAGCAGAGCGGACACCAGCAAUUUCGACUCGGAGUUUACUAGUGUUACUCCAGUCCUGACGCCGGUACAGAGUGUGCUAUCGCAAGCUAUGCAAGAGGAGUUCCGAGGGUUCUCUUACUCGGCAGAUUUUGUUUGAGUCUCGAUUGCGUUUUGACAGGCAACGAGAAUUCUUCCCUCUUGUGGCGCAUGGCUGUGCUGAUACCCAGGAUCUGUUGCACCACUGUCGAUGUAGCACAUUUGCCACUACAUCGAUGCUCCUCUCAGUGAAGGGCAUGACCGAGACCGACUAGCCGGCAGAGGACUGGCAUGUAUGAGGAGGGCACGACAGACGCCGACAUUGAAGAUGAUGAUAAUGCCGAUCCGUGUCUCGACAGGUGACAGAGAACAAAUAAUACUUUUGACAGUGAACAUGACAAUUGAGGUGACGCUGAUGCUGACCAAGCAAAUCUUUGUAUACAGUAGCGACUGCCUCCUCCCACUGGCAACAGAGCUAGAUAGACGUUCUCCAAACAGGGCAGUUGUUGUCCUCGCUUGUACCUGCUGACAAAUGUGUGGAUCCUCUCUUGCCACAAAGUUCCACUAUGGCACUU